AUGAGCAGACAGCAGCAGGCGAUGAGAGAGACUGGGUGGAGCACUAACAUGCAGCGUUUGGUGGUACACGCCCUCGUCAUGAGACAGUUGGGAAGGUUAAACCCGCAGCACUUGGUCGCAGCCGGAUAUGGACUCCGCCACACUGAAUGGUGCCCCAGGACAAUCCACACGCGUCAGCUCUGGGGCUGCUCUGUGGCCCCUGCACACACUCACAGACCCUCCUUUAGCAGCAGAGACGCACUUAGGAGCUGGGCAGCCCAUCAUUUACGGUUUAAAAGUAGUAAGAAGAAGGGUUUUAGUCGAACUGGACACGUGGAGGAGGAGGAGGAGGAGGAGGACGAAGAUGAAAAAGACCCAGAAGACAGCGAUUAUGAAGAAGCUAUGGAAGACCCAAAUGUGCCCAAGGACUACAAGGACCUGGAGAAGAACGUACAGUCUUUUCGUUUUGACAUCGUAAUGAAAGCUGGAUUAGACAUGGCACGGAACAAAAUUGAAGAUGCAUUCUAUGGAAAUAAGCUGCGGCUAAAUGGACAGAAACUGAUCAAGAAAAGUAAAACGGUAAAAGUCGGGGACACGUUAGACCUGGUUUUGGAGGAAAACCGAGAAACUAACACGGUUAAAUUGAUGAGAGUUGUUCUGAGAAAAGUUUUUCCUGAAGCCAGCAGCACAGACAAACACAAAGUUGCAUUAAGGCGCUGGAAGUCCCUUGAGAUUUCUAAAACAGAUGCUUUAAAAUCCUGA